CAUGGGAAGUAAAAAUGGCUGCGCCCAUAGCCAAAGCAUGAUCCCCUCCGUAUUGUAGGUGAGGUGCCAUUGCACACGUCAAAUGUAACGACAUGAUAAUGAUCUGAAUAAUUGUGUGUUUUUCUUUGUCAGUAAUUAGGAUCGCCUCGCCCGAUUGAAAGCAGCAUACGUCCUGACAAUGAGCAGUGAGAGCGUGAACCAAACACCCUGAUCUCGCUCACUCAGGAAUGUCUUGCCAGGAACAGCAAGAGGAGGAGCUGGAGGUGCUGCACUCUAUCUAUGAUGGCGAUGGGAAGUUUAAACAGAUCAGCCCCACCUGCUUCCAGUAUAAGUACGGCGAGGAUGGUGAUCAUCAGGCGUUCCUGGUGGAGAUAUCCUGGGGUGACAGUUAUCCCGAAGAAGCCCCCAACGUCAACCUCGACCUCUUCUACAACAAGCACAUACUUGAUGGCGUGAAGGAGAAAGUACGAAGUGGGAUCCUGGAGGAGGUGGAGAAUCUCUUGAGUUCCCCGAUGACGUUCUCACUGUUUGAAUGGGUGAAGGACAACCUCGCCUCGCUUCUCGAAGAACAGCCUGAGUCUGCCCCAGUCAACCAGGCUGAGAGCAGGAGUGACACCAUUCUGGCUGAGGAUAAUUCCCCCGAGAAGAAAAGGGAGAAGAAGGAACAGAUGACAAAAGCCCAGAAGAGGAAGUACUUUGACAAAUAUGGCGCCAACACAGACCGGCCGAGGGGCUGGGACUGGGUGGAUGUGGUCAAGCAUCUCAGUCAAACCGGGGGACAACAGCAGAAGAAUGAUUCUUGACCUGGAUGGGGAUUAGUACUCGUGGCACUCGAGGGAGGGGUUAAUACACGUGGCACUCGAGGGAGGGGUUAAUACACGUGGCACUCGAGGGAGGGGUUAAUACACGUGGCACUCGAGGGAGGGGUUAAUACACGUGGCACUCGAGGGAGGGGUUAAUACACGUGGCACUCAUGGGAGGGGCUAGCACAGGCUCUUGUGGAGGAGGAAGGGUUAAUUUGGGCUCUUGUGGGUGAGGGAGGGUUAAGACAGGUUCUCGGAGGGUUAAUACAGGCUCUUGUAGGGGAGGGGGGUUAAUACAGGCUCUUGUGGGGAGGGAGGGUUAAUACAGGCUCUUGUGGGGAGGUAGGGUUAAUAAAGGCUGUUGCGGGGAGGGAGGGUUAAUACAGGCUCUCGUAGGGGAGGGAGGGUUAAUACAAGCUCUUGUGGGGAGGGAGGGUUAAUACAGGUUCUCAUAGGGGAAGGAGGGUUAAUACAGGCUCUUGUAGGGGAGGGAGGGUUAAUACAGGCUCUUGUGGGGGAGGGAGGGAUAAUACAGGUUCUCGGAGGGUUAAUACAGGCUCUUGUAGGGGAGGGAGGGUUAAUACAGGCUCUUGUAGGGGGUUAAUACAGGCUCUUGUGGGGAUUGAGGGUUAAGACAGGUUCUUGUGGCGGAUGGAGGGUUAAUACAGGCUCUUGUGGGGAGGGAGGGUUAUACAGGCUCUUGUAGGGGAGGAAGGGUUAAUACAGGCUCUUGUAGGGGAGGGGGUUAAUACAGGCUCUUGUAGGGGAGGGAGGGUUAAGACAGGCUCUUGUAGGGGAUGGAGGGUUAAUACAGGCUCUUGUGGGGAGGGAGGGUUAAGACAGGUUCUCGGAGGGUUAAUACAGGCUCUUGUAGGGGAGGGAGGGUUAAUACAGGCUCUUGUAGGGGAGGGAGGGUUAAUACAGGCUCUUGUAGGGGAGGGAGUGUUAAUACAGGCUCUUGUAGGGGAGGGAGGGUUAAUACAGGCUCUGGUAGGGGAGGUAGGGUUAAUACAGGCUCUUGUAGGAGAGGGAGGGUUAAGACAGGCUCUUGUGGGGGAUGGAGGGUUAAUACAGGCUCUUGUGGGAAGGGAGGGUUAAGAGAGGCUCUUGUGGGGAGGGAGGGAUAAUACAGGCUCUCGUAGGGGAGGGAGGGUUAAUACAGGUUCUCGUGGGGGAGGGAGGGUUAAUACACGACACUCUCCUGGGUCUGUACUGGGGAUGAGGGCUCUGAUGACAUUGAGAAACAUUUGCUAUGUCGUGAAAAUGUGCUUUGAAUUGAGUUUUGGGCAGAGUGUGGGAAUCUUGAAUAUGCUUGAGGAUCAAUGGCCUUCCAUGGACUGAAAAUAGAUGGAACGGUUUCCAACUUAAUUUGACUUCAGUUGAUGAUAAUUACUUGCCUCAGGGUAACAGGAUAGCUAAAGAGUUGCCGGCUGGUCCACACACAACUCCAGAGGAUUUAGAUCAUCCUAAGAUUGAUACAACUCGUGGAGGGUCAAGGUCAUGCUAAAAAUGAGUGAAUAUGGUUUUACGCUGCUUUUAGCACUAUUCGAGCAACAUCACGGCAGGGGACACCAGAAAGGGCUUUACACAUUGUACCCAUGUGGGGAACCGAACCUGGGUCUUUGACAUGACAAGCAAGCACGUUAAUCACUAGGCUACCUGGACGUCCCGAUAACGAUGAAUACAAUCAGGGAGGGUCAAGGUCACCCUACAGAUGACAUACAUUUUGGUAGGGUCAAGGUCACGCUUAAGUUGGCAUACAUUUUGGGAGGGUCAAGGUCAAGCUAAAGUUGGCAUACAUGAAAACUUAUGAAUAUGAAUAGUGUCAUAACAUUUUUUUAUAAUCAAAUACUAGAAAUAUAUCUCGAUGUUUAGAGUAACUGCCAUGCUCAGUUAAUUAUUCGGGAGAUCCGUGUAGGUUUGUGUGACAGUAAAUCGUACAUUACUAACGAGAAUUGUUGCCUGUGGUUGUGGCAGUGAUUUGUGUGGCCAGUGUUCAGCUAACAUAAAGUAGCCUGCAGCCUCCCUCCGGGCUGCCCUAAAAUCGGGACUCUGUACAGUCAGUGUAAAUUUAAAAUUAUUUUAUCAUUAAGAUAAUGUUAUUUUCCCUGUAAAAUAGUGUAUUUUGUAAAUAAAACUGUCUCACAGA